ACUGUCCUUCUUUCCCCCGCUUCUCCUCUUCCUCCUCCUCCUCUUCUUCCCCCUUUCCCUUUUUAAUGAACAGAACUAAAAGCCCACCGCAAAAUUGCAAACACAAACCUAAAAGGAAAGGGUCGGGGUUUGUUGUUUUCAGCAGAAGCGGCAGCAGCAGCAGCAGCAGAAGCAGCAACAUGGAUGUUUUGGCUAGUUAUAGUAUAUUCCAGGAACUGCAGCUUGUCCACGACACCGGUUACUUCUCGGCUUUGCCAUCCUUGGAGGAGAACUGGCAGCAGACAUGCCUUGAGCUGGAACGCUACCUUCAGACGGAACCCAGGAAGAUAUCGGAGAGCUUUGGUGAUGAUUUGGACUGUUUCCUCCACACUGCCUCGGCUCAAGACACAGAAGACAGCAUCCAGCAGCUGGACCCCCUCUUGUUACCUGUAGACAUGAGUCCUUGCGACAAGAGUUCCAACAUGGACGUUAUCGUCUCGCGGGACAAACUCUUGUCUGAGACUUGCCUCAGCUUGCAGCCUACCAGCUCCUCCACAGAGGGCUAUACUGCCGUUAACCAGGCCCAACUCAACGCAGUGACCUCACUAACGCCUCCCUCCUCCCCUGAGCUCAGUCGCCAUCUUGUAAAAACCUCACAGACUGUCUCCGCGGUGGAUGGCACAGUUACGCUGAAGUUAAUUGCAAAGAAGACCUCCCUCAGCUCUAUAAAAGUCGGUGUGGUAGCACCGGCUAGCACGACAAAGUGUGCGCUCAGUGACAGCGAGCAAGGAGGGACAGGGACAGAUGCUUUGCCGGAAAACAAGAAGAGGGUUCAUCGCUGUCAGUUUAAUGGGUGCCGGAAGGUUUAUACAAAGAGCUCACACUUAAAAGCGCACCAGAGGACUCACACAGGUGAGAAGCCUUACAAGUGUUCGUGGGAAGGGUGCGAGUGGCGUUUUGCACGAAGCGACGAGCUCACGCGACACUACAGGAAACACACGGGGGCAAAGCCUUUCAAGUGUAACCACUGCGACAGGUGUUUUUCAAGAUCUGAUCACCUUGCCCUGCAUAUGAAGAGACACAUCUAAAUAACAGAUCGCUCAGCAUGGCCCAGAUGCAGUCAGACCUAAGCAUCCUGGGGGAAGGGGGAGCUGCCUGUCUCUUGCUGCCUUUCAGAAGAAGAGAACUUGAUCACCUGUACGCGACCAUGCACUAAAUGCUGUCAUGCACCCAGCUAUACUUAAUCACAUAUGUGUGUUCUCUACACCUUGCCCAACUGGAAGGCAGGUGACACCUGAGGAGGAGGAGGAGGAAGGGGGUGCGAGAAGAUGUCAGCAAGACACCGAUGGUGCAUUCAGCACUUCAGGACCGUAGGAUUUUUGUUCCCUGUUAAUUGC